AUGGCAAAGCUGGAGUUGUCGCCUGUUCCCGGAGCAACGGAGCACAACGGUAUCCUGAGCUCUUUCCAUGCUUCCCUUGCAACGGUAGCGCUUGAGCGAGUUGGCCUAUGUGGGUUUGAAAUCUGGAGGCAGGAUGAGGCGUUUCUGGAGUUGCUGCAGGAAAAAAGCGAUGGCAAGCUGCUCGUGCUGCUCGGUGAAGUUCGAGAUCACGAAGAGAAGAAUGUGGAUUGGAUGAGCAUGAGGGAAGACCUUUUCGGAGAGCCUGUUCCUAUCUCCUUCAUCGACAAGCUCAUGAAGGAUCUGUCGAGAGAGACAUUCCUUUCCUUUCUUGUUCGAAUCAAGGACCUCCUGACAGAAUGCCUGCUCGUCCUACGCGAUUCAAGGGCCUGUCGAAAGUUAGACUCUCACUCUGACAAGAACUUUGAGGCCAUCCUGUGCCUCAAACUGCUCAACGUCUUCGUGUGCAUGGGAGCAAACAAAGAGGAUGCAAUUAUCAAUCAGUGGCUGUGGGAGGGAGGGGUCUCUACAGUCCUGUCGAAGUUCCUCACUCGGUUCAAGAGAUUCAGACAUUGUGUGUCGUUGGACGCAACUGCCCUCUUAAUCUCGACUGGCCUCCACAACUUGUCGUACAACACCUCAAUCACUGUCCCCAUGAUGCAGCUGAAACAAAUUCUUACUCAGGCGGGUGGCAAGCUUGUCGGAGAUGGAAUCGACGACUCCCCAUCCGUGAUGGCAUGGAUGGAGACGAUGUCGGUCAUCGGCGACAUUUCAUCGCACAACAUGCUGAUGUCUCGUUACAGAAAGACAAACUUGGUGGAAGGAAUUCUUCUUUGGAGCUCUGUGGUACACACGGAUGCCAAAGAAGUCGGAGACUUGUUGUCUGACAAGGGAGUCCUGAAUGGAGGGCAACUUUGCUACUCUUCUGCCUUCACCCUGUUGUUCUACUACAUCUCCACCCGCCAUCGGCUUGUCAUGGUCGAAGCGAUGAAAUCUGACGCAGCUGCGGAGCAAAGGGGAGGAGCGGCUGAAGGAAGCAUCAGAGACGAAGAUGGGUUGCCGCUGGUCGUAGGGACAUGCUUGACGUAUCUUUCCCUGCUGCUGCACUCCCCGGAAGGGGAAGCAAGUCUUCAUUGCCACGUCCUCCUCCGCUCGCUCGUUGUCCUCUGCGAGGAAGCAGAGUUCGUCGCGUGCUGGUCAAGAAGCGCCAAGUCGACGCACAGAAUGUUCAGCACCGACAAGGAUCUUGAUCCAUCUAAAGGUUACAAGGAGGUCAACAACUUGACAGCCAUGGGGGUCAUGUCGCAGAUUGUUUUGAAGUUCAUGUCAAACAACAUGAAGCUUGCUCUUGAUGCUGCUCAGUUGAUCAGCUUCCUCGUUGUCUUCGGCCUCACUCUCCUGCCCGGCGAGGAGUUGUAUCCUCAUCUCUGCUAUGAGGUCGCCAGAGUUGGAGCGAAUAAGGUCUUCAAUAAGCUCCUUACGUCCUGCACGAGAGAUGGAAUGGAGUGUCAGCUACAGCAAGUGUCCUUCACCGACGCUCAGAUUCUUCAAGUUGUUGCCAACGCUCACCUCUCGCUCUCGCUUCCUCUCCGCCAGGAUCUCAUCACCUUUGAAAACUUCAUUGAGGGAGAGGACGAGUUGUCUCUGGUCAAGGGAAGGCUCGCGCUCUUCGUUCAUCGUUACGCUCGUCACAUACAGAUCCUCCCGUCCGUCUUCGCGGGUUCCGAGGAGCUGGACCGCUCAUGA